CCCCAAAGGAAAUAGCGAAGAAAAUGAACGCUCCCCAAAUCCAAGCCACAAACAAGCCGUUUGACAUCACAGCAGACUCUCCCUCUGUGAAACUGAUCCGGAAGAGAAGAAAUGGCGAGUCUUUCGCGUCUCCAAACCAUCGCCAGGUCAUUGAAGCGAAACCCACUACCUUAUUCCUCGACAAAGCUCUUCAAUCCGCGCAAAACAAUUCAGCUCGCGUCGAGCUCGAGAACGACGACGUCCCCACAAUGUUUCACUUCCGUACCCGGAGAUUGGCAGCUCCAAACUCGGCGGACCCUCAUUUUGGAGUCGGCUACUUCUGCAUCCGAGUCGGUGAAACUGAACAGGCUCUCCGAUUCCGAUUCCGGAAUAGUCGAGGUCUGUUUGGAUAGACCUGGAACUAAGAAUGCGAUCGGGAAGGAUAUGUUGAGAGGGUUGCAGAAUGCGUUUGAAGCUGUGAAGGAGGAUUCUUCAGCAAAUGUUUUGAUGAUCUGCAGUGCGGUGCCAAGAGCGUUCUGUGCUGGUGCUGAUUUGAAGGAGCGCAAGACAAUGUGCCCAUCUGAAGUUCAGUUUUUCGUGAAUUCGCUACGUUUGACAUUCUCCUCAUUGGAGGAACUCCGUAUUCCUACUAUUGCUGUUAUCGAGGGAGUAGCAUUAGGAGGAGGACUUGAGUUGGCCCUAUCCUGUGACCUUCGAAUUUGUGGAGAUGAUGCGGUUCUGGGCUUGCCUGAAACGGGACUCGCUAUAAUUCCGGGAGCAGGUGGUACGCAGAGGCUUCCUAGAUUAGUGGGGAAAUCUUUGGCAAAGGAACUCAUAUUCACAGGCCGGAGAGUUGGAGGCAAAGAUGCAAAAUCUAUGGGUCUUGUCAAUCACAGUGUUGCCUCUGGUGAAGCUCAUCUAAAGGCACUUGAGAUUGCGAGGGAUAUCAAUCAGAAGGGUCCAUUAGCCCUCAAGAUGGCUAAAAGAGCUAUCAACAAUGGAUUAGAGUUGGACAUGGUAUCGGCACUUGAGUUGGAGGAGGAUUGUUAUGAGCAUCUAUUGAACACAAAAGAUCGCUUGGAAGGUUUGGCGGCAUUUGCCGAGAAGCGGAAACCCAAGUAUACUGGCCAAUAGCAGACGCGUGCGGCUUUCGGAUGAAUCGAAUCUCGGUUGGUGUCAGCUUCAUUUAAGCUGUGGCGGUGGUAAGUAAACAUGUAUCUAUCCGAUUGCCGCAAGUGUCGUGUCAGCCAGCUGGU